AUGUACUGCAUAGAAGAUCGCUUCCUGAUGUCAAAAUGUAUGCCUGAAUGGAUCUUGACCCUGGAAGAGCAGGGCUGGUACCUUUCUCAUGCCUGACGCACUUGCAACGCUGUUGGCGACGUUAUCAGUUAAUUAGCAAUUUAACCUAUUUUCUAUCUAGGCCUUCGAAUCGUGUUAUAUGUGGAUUUUCUUACCAGGUUUAAGCUGAGAGAAACAUGCAGAAGUGGUUUAAUUAUUUGUUACGAUUUAACUGGGUACUGUCCUGCAGGUAUCCUUAUGUUACUGGUACAUCAGUAAUUGGCAUAAAAUAUAAAGAUGGAAUUCUCAUGGCUGCUGAUACCGGAGGUCAUAUCCCAUCUAAGUCUUCUUGUGUUCAUUUGCAAGUUCUUAAUUUAUUUCUCUUAUGAGGCGACUUUAUUUUCUACAAGUUUCGUUGUGUCAGCUGUACACUAAUUUUGUGUGGUAUGCAUUUCGACAUCGUCAUAUUUAUAGGCGAGUGAAGAGACGAGACUGUGUAUUAUUAAAAACUAAACGGAAAUGCUACGUGGUUGGAUUCCUGAGCUAAUUAAGUGAUAUGCGUGCCUGCCCGAUUUAGAUUUCAUACAAUUCGUUGAAAAAAGUGUGCCUUGUGCAAUCUCUGGAUUUGUGGCUUGGCACUUAGAAGAAUAAAAAUGUGGCCUAGGUUCUAAGAGGGUAAAUGGUUCCUUGCGUGGGAUAUUUUCUUCUGAGACUGUUAGAUUGCUUUGGCUACUUGACAAGGCUUUAUGACAUUACAUCGGCUCUCCUCUCUAACUUUGGGGUCAUCUUUUUCGGACUUUUCUAAUUAAGCCAGUCAUGCGGUCCGUGUUUCAUCACCUGCCUACCUUACCAAGCGCUCAUAGAAUGUGCUGGUCAAGAAAUUCUAUUCUUUGAUGUACAGUUUUAUGGAUUUAUUUAACUUUUUUUUUCUUGCAUUCUGAUAAAAAAAUGGAAGUCAUUCACUGGAAUAGUACCCUGAAUGUGCUGGUUCUGAUGUCAGUCGGCUAAUUUGGGUCAGGAAAGAAACUAUUGACUCGGAUUUUGAAUCGGGGCCAUGUGGAGAGUUUUUGAAAAAAAUGGAUUUUUUUUUAUCAUUGGUCUAAACACUGACAAAUCUCAUAGUUUUUAGGGCGUAUAAUCAUUGAACAAUACCCAGGUGUGAUGCCACUUCUAUUGCUUCUCUUUGCUUUCAAGCUCAUUGUUGAUUCAUGUUAUUCUUUGGUAUUAUCAACUCCCACACCUAUGCCUCUGGCAUCUUCUCUUAGUUUCUUAUUAUUAUUGCAUCUGGAAAUUUAUUAUUAUUUUUUCUCGUUAGUAACAUCGAUGCUUUUACACAGAGAUCUUUUCCAUGGCCGUUGCCACUAUUGUUCAUUGGUAUUUUGGUCACCCUCAUCUGUGUCUCCCUGUUCAAAUCAAUGUCCAGGUUCAUAUGGUUCAACUCUACGAUACAAGAGUGUUGAGCGAAUGAAAGUGAUUGGCAAGCAUUCACUUCUUGGCGCAAGUGGGGAAAUCAGCGAUUUUCAAGAGAUUUUGCGGUACCUUGAUGAGCUAAUGUAAGAACAUGGAAUGUAACCAAGGUCCUACUUUAGCAAUCCAUAUGGACUAUUUUAUCAUUGUAUUGAAGAUUGGGGAUUGAUGCCUCAUCUGUUUCAGUGCUUCUAUUCUGGGCAACUUCUCAUAUCUUUCCUAAUACUGCAGUCUAUAUGACAACAUGUGGGAUGAUGGGAAUUCCUUGGGCCCCAAAGAGAUCCACAACUACUUGAACAGAGUGAUGUACAAUAGGCGCAACAAAUUCAAUCCUCUUUGGAACUCCCUUGUUCUCGGUGGAGUGAAAAAUGGGAACAAAUAUCUUGGCGUGGUAUGCCCAUUUGUUUGUUUCUCUCUCUUACUCUCCCCCUUACAGAUAUUGCUGUAAUUAUCGACCUCACACUUUCUUUGAGUGCCCCAUGCAGGUUACCAUGCUCGGCGCGCAUUACGCGGAUAACCAUGUUGCUACCGGAUUCGGAAACCAUCUAGCGGUGCCAAUCCUUCGUUCUGAAUGGAAGGAGGGCAUGAGCUUCGAGGAAGCCGUGAAGCUGCUGGAGAAAUGCCUGCUCGUGCUCUUGUACCGUGACAGGUCAUCUAUCAACAAGUUCCAGGUACACUCCUUGGAUGUUUCUGUUCUUUUGAUAUUUUUCUUGUGAAUGGCGAUUAUUGUAUUCAGGAAAAAUAUCUGUUUAUUAUAUUCCCCGUUUCAUUAUGUUCUCAGUUUGUUCUUUUAACUUUUUCCUGUGAAUGGCGAUUAUUGUAUUCAGGAAAAAAUAUCUGUUUAUUAUAUUCCCCGUUUCAUUAUGUUCUCAGUUUGUUCUUUUAACUUUUUCCUGUGAAUGGGGAUUAUUAUAUUCAGGAAAAAUGUCUAUUUAUUAUAUUCCCCACUUCAUUAUGUUCUUAAUUCGUUCCUUUAUAUUUUCCUGUGAAUGGGGAUUGUUAUAUUCAGGAAAAUAUCUAUUUAUUUAUAUUCCCCUCUUCAGUAUUUUCUUAGUUUCUUCUUUUAUCUUUUUCCUGUGAAUGGGGAUUAAUAUACUCAGGAAAAUAUCUAUUUAUCAUAUUCCCCGCUUCAUUAUGUUAUUAGUUUGUUCUUUUAUCUUUUUCCUGUGAAUGGCGAUUAUUCUAUUGAGGAAAAAUAUUUAUUUAUUGUAUUUCGCCGCUAUAUUAUGUUCUUAGUUCGUUCUUUUAUAUUUUUCCUGUGAAUGGGGAUUAUUAUAUUGAGGAAAAAUAUCUAUUUAUUAUAUUUCCCCGGUUCAAUAUGUUUUUAGUUCGUUCUUUUGUGUUUUCCCUGUGGAUGGGGAUUAUUAUAUUGAGGAAAAAUAUCUAUUUAUUAAAUUCCCCCGGUUCAUUAUGUUCUUGGUUAUCUUUCCAAAACUGUAGAUCGCCAAGAUCACCGAAGAAGGCGCCACUAUCUACCCGGCCUACUCCUUGAAGACUUUCUGGGGGUUUUCUGCCUUUCAGAAUCCUGGUCAGUUUGCCGAAGGAACAUGGUAG